GUUGUGUGUAGAGUAGUCGUGUGUCAUCUCUGACGCCGCGAGCUCAUUCAGUCUCUCCCGGCGUGUGUGAGAGAAAGACAGCGUGGAAACAUGGUGCUCGACCUGGACCAGUUUCGUACCGACAAAGGCGGCGACCCUGAACUCAUCCGCGAGACUCAGAGGAAGAGGUUUAAAGACGUGGAGCUCGUGGACAAACUGGUCGCCGCAGACACAGCGUGGAGAAAAUGUCGCUUCACCGCAGACAACCUCAACAAAGCAAAGAACCUCUGCAGCAAGAGCAUUGGGGAGAAAAUGAAGAAGAAAGAACCCGUUGGCGACGAUGACUCUUUACCCGAAGAAGCACAGAACCUGGAAUCUCUCACGGCUGAAACACUAUCGGCCCUGACGGUGACCCAGAUCAAGAAGGUGCGUUUGUUGGUGGACGAGGCCGUGGAGAAGGGUGACAGUGAGAGGAUCAGGCUGGAGGCGGAGCGCUUCGAGUAUCUGCGCGAGAUCGGCAACCUGCUCCACCCGUCUGUGCCCAUCAGCAAUGAUGAGGAUGCAGACAAUAGGGUGGAGCGCACCUGGGGCGACUGCACCGUCCAGAAGAAAUACUCCCACGUCGACCUGGUAGUCAUGAUCGACGGCUUUGACGGGGAGAGGGGAGCCAUCGUGGCUGGAAGCAGAGGCUACUUUCUGAAGGGGCCGCUGGUUUUCCUGGAGCAGGCACUCAUCAACUACGCCUUGAGGAUCCUCCACAGCAAGAAGUACACCAUGCUCUACACGCCGUUCUUCAUGAGGAAAGAGGUCAUGCAGGAAGUGGCUCAGCUCAGCCAGUUUGACGAGGAGCUGUACAAGGUCAUCGGUAAAAGCAGCGAGAAGUCGGACGACGGUGCCAUCGACGAGAAGUACCUCAUCGCCACCUCGGAGCAGCCCAUCGCCGCCUUCCUGAGGGAGGAGUGGCUCAAGCCCGAGGACCUGCCCAUCCGCUACGCCGGCUUCUCCACCUGCUUCAGACAGGAAGUGGGCUCCCACGGCCGAGACACCCGCGGCAUCUUCAGGGUGCACCAGUUUGAAAAGAUCGAGCAGUUUGUGUACGCCUCCCCUCACGACGGCAAGUCAUGGGAGAUGUUCGAUGAGAUGAUCGGGACGGCAGAGGAGUUCUACCAGUCGCUGGGAAUUCCUUAUCGCAUCGUGAACAUCGUGUCCGGUGCCCUGAAUCACGCGGCCAGUAAGAAGCUGGAUCUGGAGGCCUGGUUCCCGGGCUCGUCGGCCUUCAGAGAGCUGGUCUCCUGCUCAAACUGCACCGACUACCAGGCCCGACGCCUCCGCAUCCGCUACGGACAGACCAAGAAGAUGAUGGACAAGGCCGAGUUUGUGCACAUGCUGAACGCCACCAUGUGCGCCACCACGCGCGUCAUGUGCGCCAUCCUGGAGAACUACCAGACUGAGGAGGGCAUCGUCAUUCCAGAGAAGCUCCGGGAUUUCAUGCCUCCAGGUUUGACAGAGAUCAUUAAGUUCGUGAAGCCUGCGCCGAUUGAUGAGGAAGUAUUGAAGAAAGCAAAGAAACAGGAAGGAGGAGGAGGAGGAGGACAAGGAGGAGGGAAGAAGAAGAAGAAGAAGCAGGGAGGAGGAGGAGGAGGAGACCAAAACCUGCCCAACGCCAUGGACAACAUGUCCGUCAACGACUCGUAGGCUCCAGCACGCUUCACCUCGCCGACCUCGCAGACACAAACUCAUGGGACCGGAAACGAUCCACACUUAAAUGGUUCUGGCUCCGUCUCGUGUGUGCGUGUCUGUGUGCCAGGACAGUUGUUCAUCUCUUCAUCUCAGAUGGUUCCUCUCACACGAGACGAAGACAUCGCUCUGUGCUCUCACCCACUUCAGUCCACCUCACAUCUGCAACCACACUGAGCCUAAACCCAACAGAUUAAAAUGAAAUUAAAAAAAACAACCUGGAUUCGUCUCUGAGAGUGCGAUGUUUUCCUGCUCUUAUUACGUUUUCAAAAAAGUGAGGCUUCCAAAUAUUUACCGAUUGAUCGCUGUCCAGCUCUUUUUUUGCUUUAGGCUUUUUGUGGUUUCUCCGAUCACUGUCAUUGUUUUCAACCUCCGUGGCUCGAUGAUGUCAUCAGCGUUGACCACACUGUUGUUCACUGGCUUAUUAUGGCUGAAAAAAACCUGCAUUAUAUAAUCAUGACAUAAAGUUAUAGUAUCUAUGAUUGAUGAAGUGGUUCACUGUUAACCAAUAAAUACAGGUGAUGUAAAGGUC